GUCCAUGUUGUCUGGGCUUAUAGAGGAAAGUAAAGUUUUCAGUUACUCCUUAUCGUGUCCGAGACAUUUUAGGAACAUGUCUUAGGAAUAUAACGCUUAAUAAUUAGACUUCUUUACUCCGAAGUAGGACAAGGAGUUUCUUUUCUACGUAGAAAUGUCCCAAUAUUAAUUCUGAACUUUCGUAUAAAUGCAAUUGCGUUUAGUUAAGAAUGAGUGAACACUCAAGUGCUAGAGACCACUGUACAAAAUUUGGGUGUGUUACUUCAAAAAUGAUGUAGUGAACUAUAAUCAAUAAAAUAAGAAUUAGCAAUUAUUAGUAUUAGGGAAGAAGGAAAGCACAAGUGCAGUGAACUGUAAAACGAGCGUAAAAACCGUUAACAUGCUGGUGACAAAGUCAUCCGCGUGUGUGGCAGUGCUGACGCUGUCAGUUUUCUUCACCGCCGUUAAAAGUCAAAGUAUCGCUGCUCCAGCCGGCUCCAGGGUCCCCGCCCCCCGCGGGGAACUGGGGCGCAGACCAAGCGAUCCUCAGGAGGUUACUGCCGUGGGGGUGCCGUGCCCUUCCAAGUGCCUGUGUUUCAGGACCACCGUGCGCUGCAUGUUCGUCCAGCUCACGGCCAUCCCUGUCGUGUCGCCCGAGACUACCAUAUUGGACCUGCGGUUCAACAAGAUCCGCUCCAUCCCGCCAGGCUCCUUCCGACAACUGGCCCGCCUCAACACUUUGUUGCUGAACAACAACCACAUCACGCGCCUCCAGAGCGGCGCCUUUGACGGCCUCCAGCGCCUGCGCUACUUAUACUUGUACAAGAACAGAAUCAGGCACAUCGACAGAGAUGUUUUCCACAACCUCGAGGAGCUGGAACAAUUGUACCUUCACUUCAACGACAUCACCUCCUUCGAUGCAGAGACCUUCUCUUCGCUACCUUCCCUACAGAGACUAUUCUUGCACAACAACAGACUCCAGAGAGUGCCGUCUGGGGCCUUCAGGAACCUACAGAGUUUACGCAGGCUUCGGCUGGACAGCAACGCGCUGGUGUGCGACUGCCAGCUGCUGUGGCUCGCUCAGAUGGUCAAGGAGAAGCAGGACAGAACUCUGGUGGCGGCCACCUGCGAGGCGCCCAACGACCUGCACGGCAAGAGCCUCAGCAGCAUCACCGACACUGACUUCCACUGCAUAGGGAUGCCGCACAUCAUGGAGGGACCUCAGGACAUCGAGGUCAGCUUCGGGGGCACAGCAGCCUUCACGUGCAAAGUGGACGGCGACCCCGUGCCUGAAGUGGUCUGGCUGCACAACAACGAGGUUAUCGGCGAAGCUAGACCGCGCUACUCUGUUCUCAACGACGGCACGCUCAUGAUUAAGAACGCGCAGGGCGGCGACGCAGGCUUCUACGAGUGCCGCGCCAUCAACGAGAUGGGCGAGGUGGCGUCUCGGCCUGCUAAGAUCUCCAUGACACACCAGUACAGAGACAACAGUCCGCCCGUUAUCAUCGAGGAGCCUCAGAACCUGAACGCGACGCUGGGUCAGCGCGUCGAGCUGCCCUGCAAUGUUACAGGAUAUCCUGAGCCUGACGUCGUCUGGAGCAAAGAGGGAGGCUUUCUGCAGCUCAGUGAGACUACUCUAGUGCACGUGAACAACUCGCUGGUGUUCAGCAGUGUACAGGAACAUCACCAGGGCGUCUACACUUGCCAGGCCCGCAAUCCUCUCGGCCAGGCCACCGCCGCCGCGGCACUGCGCGUCACCGCACCUGUUCGUCUGACGACGGCCCCCGUGGACCAGACCGUGACCCUCGGGCACGUGGCCCACUUUACGUGCGAGGCGCAGGGGCUGCCCGAGCCCGACGUCAAGUGGCUGCGGCACGGUCUCGUCAUCGCCCCGUCAGCGGGCAUCUCUAUCGCCAUAGGCGGCGCGGCACUGCGGGUGCUGCAGGUGCAGAAGGCUGACGAGGGCCUCUACACGUGCAGGGCUGACAACGGUCAGACCUCCGCCCAGUCAUCCGCUAUGCUCUUCGUCAGGGAGUCCCUGCCGCCUGUGAUCAUGGAGCGGCCGGCGGACCAGACGGCGGUGGCGGGGGCGGCGGAGGUGAGGCUGCGCUGUGCCGCGGACGGCCUGCCGCCCCCCACGGUCGUGUGGCGUAAGGACGGCUACCUUAUGAGCGACUCUCGGCACUACAGGGUGGAGAGGGACGGGUCGCUGCUGGUCUACAACGUGUCUGCAGGAGACGCCGGCGACUACGAGUGCAGCGCUGAGAACGCCCUCGGCCGAGCCUCCGCCCGCGCUGCACUCACCGUCGCUGAAAGCCCCGACCUGGGGGGAGUCGGGGAUGAGUUCUUCCGAGAGAGCUUCUUAGAGGCGAACGCUAAGGUCAACAGGGCGCUCAACAUGACGCUACACCAGCUGUUCGACAGGGACCGGCCCCGGCAGCCGCUGCCCCACGAGCUGCUGAGGCUCUUCAGGUUCCCGCAGACCGAGGCUCGCGAGAUCGCACGCGCCGCUGAGAAGGUCGAGCAGACGCUCGCCAUCGUCCACAGACAUGUCGAGGCUGGCAUGCAGUUCAACCUCACCAAGUUUAGUUACCAGGACCUUCUCUCCCCGGAAAACUUGGAGCUGCUGACAAAUUUAUCAGGUUGCUUGGGUCACCGUCGGACGGUGUCAUGCAACGACAUGUGCUUCCACCUCAAGUACCGCACCAUCGACGGCACCUGCAAUAACCUGGACAACCCGACCUGGGGAUCAUCUCUCACCGGCUUCAGGAGGAUCUUGCCCCCCAUAUACGAGAACGGCUUCAACAGCCCUGUUGGCUGGUCCAAGACGAAGGUUUACUACGGAUACUUCAAGCCUGGUCCCCGCCUCGUGUCCACGCGUAUCAUGAGCAACGAGGCGGCGGCUGCAGACGACCAGUGCACGCACAUGCUCAUGCAGUGGGGACAGUUCCUCGACCAUGACUUGGACCAUGCACUGCCAUCCAUAUCCACCGGCAGCUUCAUAGACGGCGUCGAGUGUGACCGCUCGUGCGCAUACUCCGCUCCCUGCUUCCCCAUCGAGAUCCCGUACGACGACCCGCGCGUAUACCGCCACCGCUGCAUGGAGUUCACGCGGUCGUCCGCAGUCUGCGGGUCCGGCAUGACGUCCGUCUUCUUCAACACCGUCCAGCCUCGUGAGCAGAUCAACCAACUCACCUCCUUCAUUGACGCUUCCCAGGUGUACGGCUCAAGCUAUGGCGACACCCAAAAUCUACGGAACUUCUCUGAAAACUUGGGCGACUUGCGCAUAGGCAUCUCGAUGCCUUCAGGCAAGCCCCUGAUGCCCUUCAGUGCAGGGGCGCCCAUAGACUGCCGCAGGGACACGACCGAGAGCGCCAUAGACUGCUUCCUGGCGGGCGACGUGAGGGCCAACGAACAGACAGCGCUGCUGGCCAUGCACACAGUUUGGUUCAGAGAGCACAACCGCAUGGCUGCUGAGCUGCGGGAGAUCAACCCGCAUUGGGACGGCGACACGGUCUUCCACGAGACCAGGAAGAUCCUAGGAGCGAUGAUGCAGCACAUCACAUACCAGCACUGGCUGCCGCACAUCAUAGGCCCUCAUCACAUGCAGAAGCUCGGGCGCUACAGCCGCUACGACACCAAACUCGACCCCAGCAUCAGCAACGUCUUCGCCACGGCAGCCCUCAGGUUCGGGCACACGCUCGUGAACCCCGUACUGGAACGCCUGAACGCGUCGUUCCAGCCCACACGCCACGGCGCCCUGCCCCUGCACAAGGCGUUCUUCAGCCCCUGGCGCCUGGUGCAGGAGGGGGGCGUUGACCCUCUACUCAGAGGGCUCCUAGCCACGCCAGUCAAGCUCAAGCGGCCAGGCCAGUUCCUGAACACAGAGCUGACGGAGAAGCUGUUCCAGGCGGCGCACGAGAUCGCGCUCGACCUCGCGGCCAUGAACAUACAGCGGGGCCGUGACCACGCACUGCCUGGUGAGUCACGGCACUUCACGGACUGCCAGCUGCCCGCGGCUGCUUCCUUCGAGGACCUGCGUGACGUCAUCAGCGACGAUGACGUCAGGGAGAAGCUGCACGAGCUCUACGGACAUCCUGGCAACGUGGACGUGUGGGUGGGGGCGCUGCUGGAGGAUCCCGUGCCUGGGGGGCGCGUGGGACCCCUGCUGGCCUGCCUCCUGCUCGAGCAGUUCCGCCGCCUCAGGGACGGCGACAGGUUUUGGUACGAACAUCCAUCGGUGUUCAAGCCUGAGCAGUUAGACCAGAUCAGACGCACGACGCUGGGCCGCGUGCUGUGCGACAAUGGCGACGACAUUAAGGACGUCACCAGCGACGUGUUCCUCCUGCCGCACCUGCAAACUCCAGCGUUUGUGUCCUGCACACAGCUCCCUCGUAUUGAUCUUAGGUUCUGGGCCGAGUGUUGUAAAGAUUGCCGGAAUGCGGGUUACUUCAACAGCCUUAUCCGCACUCCGGGACUCCGGCUGCGACGGUCGCUCGACGACCAGAGCUACGUCGAGGAGCGUGAAGAUCUACGUAGAUCUCUGCACAGAUCUCCAUAUGAGACCACUUUUCCUGAGGACAAUUUUAGCACGUUUGAGUCUCCGAUCUCAAAUGCUUCUAAUUCAGCAACUAUCGACAGAUCAAUCGAUGUUCAUCAUGAAUUAUUUAGAGAUUUGAAACGGAACCAAAAUCUGGAGUAUGGGACCAAAGGGCUGGAUCAGCUCUUGUCCACAGGCAAGGAAAACAACGAGAAGGUCGAGCUCUACCAGCAGUUCGGCUUCCAAACAUUGCAGGAUAAAAAAUCAAAAUUGGAUCUUGGAAAGCAUUCGAGCUUUAAUAAGAACCGUCACGACCACCACGACGCAGCGAUCACCUUCACGCCCCACGACCCGCCGCUGACAGCCUUCAACCGCCCCCUCAACCUGGCCAAUUUGGUGCUGCCGUCCGACGCCGUCGAGGAGAGGAUCGAGGGCGUCGAGGCUGUCGUGGAGAAGCUGUCGCGAUCUGUCCAGCAGCUCGUGCUCAAGAUUGAGCGCCUGGAGCAAGCGCUGAGUGAGAACAACCGCCCGCCGCACGCGCGGACUUGUGUGGACGGCGCGGGGGCGACGCGCCACCUCAAGGAGACUUGGUAUCAAGACCCCUGCACCAAAUGCGUCUGUCGGAAACGAGGCAUGAUGUGCAAAGUUGUAAGCUGCAAUACAGCGCUAGAGUUGUCACCCAGCUCUGCCCCCAGAGUAACUGCGCCGUCCCGAUUUCCUUUCGUCUAAGUCACACAUACACAUCAUUUUAUUCUUUCAGAGUCGUUGACGGGAUGAGAAGUGUUAAGGCAAAAUAUCAAGUACAUUACGCAUUGUUGAACUUCUGACCAUAUCAAUAUCCUGAAUGUGACAGAAUAUGCUUCCUCCGUAGCACAUUCUUCACAGUCUUAAUUAGUUCUUCAUAAAAAUCUUUCUCAUACAACCAAUGAAUAUGAAUUGAAGACACAGCCUUCUUCAUUCAGACUUGAAAUGUUAGAGUGAAUAUAAUCAGAGCUGCACAAAAUAUGUAUUUAAAUCUUAAAUCUUUUUUAAUUAUAAAACCAUAUCUUUAUCAGCACUGCCCUGCUGAUCACUGAUAAGGCGUUGACGUUGACCUUCGUGUUUUUUUUCGCUUCAUUAAUGAAGUAGUUCUUAGUUUAUAUUAUUCUGUUGGUUAAGCUUGUACAAUUCAUAAUUCUUCCGAGUUGUUUUGUCAUUUUUUUGCUGCCGCUUCUUCGGUUCAGAAUCGAGAGGCAACGUGGAAGAUUUUUUUCACUUUUAGACUAUUUGAGGAAUUUUUAAACCAUUUAAGA